GGUUGAAUCAGUUCCACUGAUUAAUUUGACACUAAAGCCAGCUGCCACAGUGAUUCAGCUUGAAAAUUUCUCAUAUUCCAUUCUAAAGCAUGUGGGUAUAUCCUAAACUUCCCAGGACAAAUAAAAGUGAAAGACAUUUCACUUUUUAAACACUGCAGUAUGCUACUGGACACCACCACAGAAGUGAAACCAUGAGAAAUUGUGAUCUUUGGAAGGAAGAUUCCAUCACACCAAUUUCCUGGCUUGAGGUAAUAUUCAUAACAAGUGACUUAUUUGUCUUUGGAGGUCAUGUGGUAAUUCACAAGUGAUAAAGUCAGUGAUCUAGUUGAGAGUGUUGCUAGGCAGUGUACAAAAUGGGAAAUUCUACCUUAGACUAUGAAGGGUGGAGUCAGGAAGAGAUCCAGGCCCAACGAGACCUUUAUCACUAUGAGAAGCUUGACGCAGCCAUCUGGGCUGACGUCAAGAUGUAUGCGGCACCACUUGGCCUCCUAAUGAAUGGAAUCUUCCUGUUUGUGGCCAUCCGCGUGAAGUCAAUGCACACCACUGUCAACAUCUACCUUGGAAAUUUGGCUGCGGCCGACAGUUUGGUCCUUACGUUGGGUCUUGCACUGCUGGUACGUGAAGAUCUCAAUCUGUCUGUUAUGAAAGCAACCAAUUUCAUCUGCCUCAUUGCAUCCUACUGUUUCAUCACUGCUUUGGCAUUUGAGAGAUACUUUGCUGUCUGCAAACCCCUGUAUUUCCGUGCAACUUCCAGCAAGGCUCGCACCGUGAAGGUGUCCGUGGCGUUGUGGAUGAUAGCUGCAGCUGGAGGAACAGCCUGGUAUUUCAGCCCGAAAUUUGCAAAUGCGACGCAAACCAGUGCUAACGUCAACAACCUUCUCCUGGUUGUGUUGUAUUUGACUUUACUGUCCAUAAAUGCCACAUUGUACACCUCCAUCAUAAAGAAACUCCGUCGACAACAACGUCUUAUUUCAAGCACAGCCAGGCAAAGAGCAGGUCGAGUUGCUCUAAUGCUCUUGUUUAACACUGCCGUGUUCUUCUCUUUCAAUGCAACCUCCAUAGCCGAGGGUAUCUAUAUAGUGGUCAUCAAUUUCUCUAACAUGCCAAAGAUGCAGAUCAUAAAGGCAUUGGAAUCGUGGACGGAUGUGCAUCUUGCAGCAUCCAUACUGCAACUGAUCAACAGCUCCAUUAACCCCCUGGUUUAUAGCUGGACUAACAAAAGUUACAGGGCAGCUUUCGUAAAGGCUUUCCCAUGUUUCAACCUUCUGAGCAAAUGCUACAGAGGUAGUAGGGAUGCAACACGGGGGAAGAUUUGGCAAAUUGAGCUCCACGCUCUCUCCCAAAGAGGCUAUCGAAUAGGCGGCAGCCAGGGGAACUGAAGCAGCAACUGCGUGUUCCUCAGAAAGAGUUGACCAACACUGGUGGGUCGCAGGAACCAAAACAGCAGAUUAGAAUGCCUGAACUACCCAGCAAUGCAAGUCAGCAGGAUCCAGUAAGGCAGGUUGGUAUCAAAGUUUCUUCUCAAGAACAAAGUACUACUAGUGACAGCUCACAGAUAUCAAUGGAGCAACAGCAAGAUCUCCAUCGAGAAGCAAUCAACCAUGACAGCUUGCAAAGAACCAUCACAGGUAAUUGUGGAGCUGCUAGUGCUCUGCCAUGAACUAGCCAGCAGUGACAUUCACCAGGACCCAAUGCCAGGACAUAAGGUCUUCCUUAACAACCAACCCAUACCGCAGUUGAGCCGCAAAAUCAAAUGCAGUAAUUACAACUCCCAUCAAAGCAAACCAGCCACUGGUGUAGCAGAGUGAAAAGCAAGUCUGCACAGAACAGGUCACAACCAAGA